AUGAACAAUCCAGCUCCUAUGAUGGGCUAUCCGGGGCUGUCACAGCAGCAGCAGUCCAUUCAAUCGGCGGGCCCUCCCGCGAUGGGUACGCCUGGCGCGCUGCACCAGCAAUUGCACCUUCAACAAGCACAGUCACAGGCUCAACAAGCGCAACAACAAUCUCAACAACAACAACAACUUCCACCAGGCCUUAUGGGUGGUAACGCGCAGCAGAUAAUGGGCCAAUUGAAUAAUGGUGGCAUGGCGGUCCCAACGCAAGCAAGCAACGCGGGCAACCCACUAUACCACCCCCACCAGGGCGAUCCGAGCAUGCUCAACAACCCUAUUUGGAAACUCCAACUUCAACUGGCGAACAUUUCAAGGCAAUCUAUGGGACAAGCCAAUGUGUAUGCCCGGCAAAGCGCAAUGCGCAAGUACAUGUUGAAUAAUAAUCAGGGGCCAACAGGAACACUCAACGAGAUGUCAACUUCCCUCGUGGAUCAUACCAAGCAAUAUCUGCUUUUGAUGGCCGGGGAUUCAGGUGCGAACAAUGGGGGCUCCAGCGCUAGUGCCGCGUCCACCCCUCUCACUCCGAAGGCCGAACUCAAUGGUGGCAGUAAUAAUCAAAAUACUCCUUCACUGCUUUUACAACACAAGAAAUUGUCGCAGUAUAAUAUUGACGAGGACGAUGAAAUUGAGCAUCGUAUGGUAGCUCCAAAAGAUACAAAGUUCGACGAUCAGUUAUGGCAUGCGUUGGAUCUAUCCAAUUUACAAAUAUUCAAUCUUAAUGAUAGCUUGUUCAAGUACGAGUUUCUAACGAGAUUGUAUUUGAACGGCAAUAAUCUAACAACACUACCAGGAUCAAUUAAAUCCUUGCGCAAUCUUCGCGUAUUGGAUCUUUCUCAUAACAGGCUUACGGAGCUGCCUUCAGAAUUGGGUCUAUGUUAUCAAUUGAAAUACCUGUAUUUCUUUGAUAACAUGGUCUCUACUUUACCAUGGAAGUUUGGAAAUUUGUUUAAUUUACAAUUUUUGGGUUUAGAAGGUAAUCCAAUGGAUCGUCAGUUGAUUAAGAUUCUCACUGAAAAGUCAGUGACUGGCCUAAUUUUUUACUUGCGGGACAACGCACCUGAAGUGCACUUGAAAGAAGAUCGUAAGUUUAUCGAAAUAAAUACUGACGGUGAGAUAACGGAGGAGUUCCCCUCUUUGAAAGAUUCAGAUGAGCAUCAACCAAAGGAUGUUUUAAAAAGAUCUUUCACGAUGCUUUCUUACAAUACUUUAUGCCAACAUUACGCAACGCCGAAAAUGUAUCGGUACACUCCGUCAUGGGCAUUAAGUUGGGACUAUAGGCGUGAAAAAUUAAAGGAACAAGUUUUAUCUUAUCUAACAGACGUCGUGUGCCUGCAAGAAGUGGAGAGUAAGACUUAUGAGGAGUUUUGGGUACCGCUCAUGAAAGAACAUGGUUACACUGGUGUUUUCCAUGCCAAGACAAGAGCUCGCACAAUGCAAUCCAAGGACUCCAAGAAAGUCGAUGGUUGCUGUGUCUUCUUCAAGGAUGCAGAAUUCAAAUUAAUCUUUAAGGACUCAGUAGACUUCAGUAGCGCGUGGAUGAAACAUAAGAAAUUCCAAAGGACUGAGGAUUAUCUAAAUCGGGCAAUGAACAAAGAUAAUGUCGCAUUGGUUGUUAAACUCCAACAUCUAAAGAGUAAUGAACAAAUUUGGGUUGCCACCACACAUUUACACUGGGAUCCUCAAUUCAAUGAUGUCAAAACAUUCCAAGUAGGGGUAUUACUUGACUAUAUGGAAAAACUUCUCAAGGAUCAAAGCGGUUGUAGCACUGCGCAAGAGGUAAAGAAAGUUCCUGUAGUUAUAUGUGGUGAUUUCAACUCCCAAUUAGAUUCAGCGGUCUACGAACUGUUAAGCACGGGCUCUGUUCACGAACACAAGGACAUCGAGGGGCGUGACUUCGGGUACAUCUCACAAAAGAACUUCGCUCACAACCUAUCUUUGAAGUCAAGUUACGAUUCGAUUGGCGAACUGCCCUUCACUAAUUUCUCACCAACUUUCACCGAGGUCAUCGAUUACAUAUGGUACUCAUCACAGGCACUACGCGUGCGUGGGGUCCUCGGAAAGAUUGACCCAGAAUACAUAUCCAACUUCAUUGCAUUUCCCAACGACAAAUUCCCCAGUGACCACAUUCCUCUGGUAUCACGUUUCGAAUUUACCAAAGGGGGCAGCAGCGCCAGCAGCAACGGUGGGAGCAGAAAGGUGUAA